AUGUUGCCCGGAGAGCGCAGAUAUGCUUCUGCAAGAAGAGGUAGCAUGACAGUUUUGGGGAAAAUCGCUGUUCCAAAACCAAUAAACCUACCCAGCCAAAGGUUAGAAAAUCAUGGUCUGGACCCGAACUAUGAACAAAUGUAUUUGGCUCAACUUGAUCCAUAUUUGCUUCCUAAACUUGACAGGGGUACCCAUAGCUGGGGCACAAGAUCAUCUUCUUCCACACCUAAUGCCUGGGGUUCUUCAGCGCUGUCUCCAAAUACCGAUGGUGGUAGUGGUUCACCAAGCCAUCUAAGUGGUCGCCCUUCAUCUGGUGGAAGUGGCACUCGACCAUCAACUGCAAGCAGUGACAGAACCCACGAACCCAUUGCUAAUGCAUGGGGUUCAAAUUCUAGGCCAUCUUCUGCAUCAGGAGCAUUGACAUCAAAUCAAACAUCACUCACAUCGCUCCGCCCACGCAGUGCAGAGACAAGACCUGGUAGCUCCCAGUUAUCCCGAUUCGCUGAGCCCUUGUCUGAUAAUUCAGUUGCUUGGGGUGCAACCGGAACGGCAGAAAAGUUGGGAGUGACAUCCUCUAAGAAGGACGGGUUUUCUUUGACUUCUGGAGAUUUUCCAACGCUUGGAUCAGAAAAAGAAAGCUCUGGGAAAAACACGGAGUCCCAAGACCAUGGUUCUUACAGUCAUCCUGGUUCAUCAUCGGGUGGAGUAGCUCCAGAGAAAGAGAGUACUGGAAAUUCUGCAGGCGAUGCGUCUAUAAACACAAAUGCAAUUGACUCUUCAAAUUCUUGGAGGAGAGAGAAUCCCAUGUAUGGUGAAGAUGGAUUGAGGCAUAUGGAGAAGUGGCACCCUGAUCCCCAAUCAUAUCCUAAUUCUAAUAUUCGUCCUCAGAGUUAUGAUUCUUGGCGUGGUCCCCCUGUAAAUAAUCAUCCAGGUGGUGUUUGGUAUAGAGGGCCUCCAGGAGGUCCACCAUUUGCGCCCCCAAUAGCACCUGGUGGCUUUCCCAUGGAGCCAUUUCCUUAUUACCGUCCGCAGAUUCCACCUUCUGCUCUUGCCAACCCACAACAAGGUCCUCCACCAGGACCUGGAACAAGAGGACCCCAUCCAACAAAUGGUGAUAUGUACAGACCCCACAUGCAUGAUGCUUUUAUUCGCCCGGGCAUGCCAUUUCGGCCUGGAUUUUAUCCAGGACCAGUUCCUUAUGAGGGCUAUUACGCUUCUCCCAUGGGCUACUGCAAUUCCAAUGAUCGAGAUAUUCAGUUUAUGGGAAUGGCAGUGGGUCCUGCUCCAUAUAACAGAUAUUCAGGUCAAAAUGCUCCAGAUCUCGGAAAUUCUCAUGGAAGAUCUGGUGGAUACGGUCCUAGUGGUCACACAAUGGUUUCAGAACAAGUUGAAUCGGGUCAUCCACAAGAUGCUCGUGUACCAUACAAAGUCCUCCUGAAGCAGCAUGAUGGUUUAGAGGGAAAAGAAGAAGAACAGAAAUGGGAUGACAUGAUGACAACCAACACAUCAUAUCCGGGGAAGGCAGAUCAUCAAAGAAAGUCAUCAUGGGAGAAUGGCUGGAGAGCAGAUGAGAAGAUCAAUGAAGAGAGGAAUAUAAGAAGGAUUGGUGAAGAAUUUUCUUCUGAGGCCAUUGACAACCAAGGUGUUAAAGUGAAACCUCUUGAACAUAAGGGAAAUUGGAAGGCAGCUGAUGACAGUUCAGUUAAGAAACUGGAACAUGCAGAAUAUGCAGCAUCUGCUUUUCCAGAAGUUUCAGCAGCCCCAAAAGAUCCCAGCCUGAUUAGGAAAAUAGAAGGUUUAAAUGCAAAGGUCCGGGCCUCUGAUGGAAGGCAAGAAGUUAAAUUUGUUUCCGGUAGAGAGGAGCAUAAGAAUAGGUUACAAGCUGGUAAUGCCAAGUUUAAUCAUUCUGCAAACGAAGCUGGUACUAGUUAUGCAUCUCUUGAAAGGACUCAUGUCAGUGGCAUUAUCAACACUGCUUCCCAUGAAGACCGCAUUUCUGCUGCAGAUAAGAGCCUUGAGGUAACAGAUGCUAUUGGGACAGCAAGCUCCAGGAGAUCAACUCAUGGUAUGCAUGGGAGACCUGAUCAGCGUGGUAAGGGGAGAUUCAGUACCCAAGAGACUGAAGGGAGAAGAUCCCAAGGUGCAGACUUGCCGGGUGCAUUGUCGGCUUCCCAUUUUGAAAGUUCUAAUGUUCAUAGGCAAGACCAUAUUUUUGCGGAGGCAACUGAAAUGUCUGGGGCAUAUCAUCGAGGGAAGGAUGAUGAAGAAUCUGUGCCACCCCACCCUGAUCGCAGUGAUAGCCAGACGCAACGUGCUAAGAUGAAAGAGCUAGCCCUUCAACGGAUUAAACAGCGAGAGAAGGAAGAGGAGGAACGAGAGAGAGAUCAAAAGGCCAAGGCACUUGCAAAACUGGAAGAGUUGAAUAAGCGGACAAAGGCAGUGGAGAGUUUCAGUGAGGUGCUACCAGAGAUGCCAAAGGCCACCCAUAAGGAGUCCGUUGUGAUACAAGACCAAUUGGAGCCAUUGCAACAGGAUGUUAGUCACGCUGAUGGUGAUCACCUCGAUAAUGCCCCCCAGACUCAUGACAGUAGGGCUUCUAAGCAGAAGCGUGCGAGCUACAGACAAAAACAGAAUGGUCCCUUGGAAAAGACUUCCAAUGAUAAGUUAAUGUCUCCUAUAACCGAGACACCAAAAGAUGUUGCUGAUGUAGCAGUUAAUGCUCCUGUUUCUCUUGAGGGUCCAAAUGAAAUGAUCUCAAACUCUGAGCCGGCUUUGCCUGUCAACCCAACUGUCACGGCUGAGUCUUCAGUAAAUCAUAGAAGGAAGAACAGGACUGGAAAGAACAAGCACAAAGUGGAGGAGGCAUCAUCUACAGCAGUUGUAACAUCAACCCUAUCAAAAGAAACGACUGAUUUAGACACGUCGGUUGAAAGUAGAAAAUCCAAGGCUUCUGAAUCUGUGUUGGAACCAAGCUCAUUUCAGUUUCAGACUGAUUCUAGAGACGGAAAUCAGUCCUUGGAUCAACGCACAUCAUCACCAAAUGAAGAAGUUCACAGCAGAAAUAACCAGUGGAAACCUCAACAUUCUCGCAGGAUGCAGAGGAAUCCACAAGCUAAUAAAUCGACCGAGAAAUCCCAAAGUGGCGAUGCUGUUAUCUGGGCUCCUGUGCGGUCUCAAAAUAAAAUUGAGGCUACCGAUGAAGCCAGUCAGAGGACUCUGGCUGAUGCCAUUAGUCCACCCAUGAAGAGUGAUCAGCAAGUGCAGAAUAAUGCAAAAAAUAAACGGGCAGAAAUGGAAAGAUACAUUCCAAAGUCUGCAGCCAAAGAAAUGGCUCAGCAAGGAAGUAGUCCCCAUUCAGUGGCACCAUUAACCAAUCAGAUUACACCAGAUGAGACCAUUGGAAGACCUGAAUCUGGUUCUCUAGGUGUUGAAAGUUCUCAAAGCUCUGCAACAUGCAUGGGGAAGGUAGGAUCCAUUUUGGAAUCUAAGAAUGGGGAUGGCAGGCAAAAUAAGUCAGGGAAAAUGCACUGUUCAUGGCGCCAACGGGGAUCAGCAGAAUCAACCACAUCUUUUACAAGUAGGAAUGUUCAAACUGAAUGGAAUGACUCUGAUGGCUGGAACAUUCCUGAAAAUUCUGAGGUGCCGGUCAUUGCCCCUGCUAUAAAAGAUCAGAGUGCAACAGCCAGAUGUAGGCGACAAUCAUACAGAGGGCAAAAAGGCAUGGGAUAUAGCCAUGAUCCUGAUGAGAAGAGAAUUAAUACUGGGGACACUGAAAAGGUUCAUGUCCAAACUUUGGGCUCAGAGGUGCAUCAAGCAGAGUUACCUGCAACUUCAAAAGAAAGUCGCAUCGUUGGGGAACGAUCAGCAUCUCAUUGGCAACCUAAAUCUCAUCAGUCAUUUUCGGCAACUAACCAGCGAGGAAGCAGGACCAAUGGUGGUCAGAACAGAGACUCUGAAGUUGGUAGGGGUAAUAGAAAGGAUUAUUAUUCCCAAAGUGGCAUGCCAUUGCUGCCUCAACCUGGCAAGGAUAUUGCUGCAGUUAAGGCCCAGCCUCACCCUGAUCGCUCUCUAUCUGAAAAGAGCAAUUUGGAAGAAGCUCCUAGCACUGGGCAUCAAGAGGGUAAGAAGGAAAGGAAGAUAGCUUCACAUAAAGGACGUCCUGUUAGCCCGGCUGAACCAUCUCCUUUGAAUAUGGAUUUUCAACAAGAGCAACGUGCGUCUUCAGGGUAUCGAAAAAAUGGAAGCCAAAACAACCGCUCUGGCAGAGAGCAUGAUUCCCGUGGUGAGUGGAGUGGUUAUGGGAAAGAUAACAAGCAACAUAAUGUGCCUGCAAACCGUGAAAGGCAGAGACAGAAUUCACAUUAUGAGUAUCAGCCAGUAGGGCCUCAGAAUAGUAACAAAGCUAACAAUUUUGAGUCUUCAAAAGAUGGUUCUCAUAAUUCUGUUACAAGGCCCAGGGAGAGAGGUCAGAGUCACUCAAGGCGUGGUGGGGGAAACUCUUAUGGGCGGCAAACUGGUAGUGUUCGAGUAGAUGCCAAUUAUGAUUAG